UUGCUAAAUAUGCUUGCCAUAAACAGGAAGGACGCAAUUGCAAUCAAAGAUAAAUAUGCUGGACUUUUACUAUAUGCUCUACUCGGCGCCUUGCCGCUCGAUCCUGAUGUUGGCGCAGGCUUUGGGUGUGGAGCUGAACAGGAAGCAGGUAUACCUGGAUGCGGGUGAUCAUUUAAAGCCAGAGUUUGUUAAGAUUAAUCCACAGCACACGAUUCCCACGCUGGUUGACGGUGACUUUGCCUUGUGGGAAUCACGUGCCAUCUUGCUGUAUCUGGCAGAAAUGUACGGCAAAGAUGAUGCACUGUAUCCCAAGGAUCCUAAGCGGAGAGCUUUGAUCAAUCAUCGCUUGUUCUUCGAUCUGGGCACAUUGUAUCAGAGCUAUGUCUACUAUUACUAUCCGCAACUGUUUGAGGAUGUCAAGAAGUCGGCUGAUCCCGACAACUUCAAGAGGAUCGAUGCUGCUUUCGCUGCCUUCAACUCUCUGCUGGAGGGCCAGAAGUAUGCGGCUGCAGAUAGCCUAACUGUGGCUGAUUUUGCGCUCUUGGCCACCGUCUCCACUUUCGAAGUGACUGGAUACGACUUCAGCAAGUACACCAAUGUGGCCAAUUGGUAUGAGAGCGCCAAGAAAGAGGUGCCCGGCUGGGAGGAAAACUGGGAGGGCUGCUUGUACUACAAGAAAUUGUAUUUGUCGCAGCUGCCUGUCUAUGGAAUUGUCUUUGAGCACAGAUCUUGGCUCAGUUGCCCAGCGAAAAACGCCGAAAACAGCAUUAUGGACUUCUACUAUCGACCCGGAUCUGCGCCCUGCCGUGCGGUCAUUAUGACGGCCAAGGCAAUUGGCAUUGAGUUUAAUAAUUUGAUUCUUAUCAACACACGCGCUGGUGACCAAUUCAAGCCGGAGUACCUGAAAAUUAAUCCACAGCACACGAUACCCACCCUGGUGGACAAGGGCUUCUCGUUGUGGGAAUCGCGUGCCAUAAUGGUGUACUUGGUGGAGCAGUAUGGCAAGGAUAGCACUCUGUAUCCAAACGAUGUACAAAAGCGGGCGCUUAUCAAUCAGCGCUUGUACUUCGAUAUGGGCACACUGUACAAGAGCUUUGCGGAUUACUACUAUCCGCAGAUCUUCCGAAAGCAAGCGCCCAAUGCGGAGUGCUACAAGAAGAUUGAGGCUGCUUUUGAGCUGUUGAAUACCUUGCUGGAGGGCCAAAGCUAUGCGGCGGGCGAUUGUCUAACUCUGGCGGAUAUAUCAAUCUUGGCCAGCGUCUCCUCCUUCGAUGUGGCUGGCUUCGACUUUAAGGGUUAUGGCAAUGUGGCCAGAUGGUACGAACAGGCCAAGUUGGAAACACCUGGCUGGGAUGUCAACUGGGCGGGUUGCCUGGAGUUUCGCAAAUACUUUGACAGCUAGAAUCUCGGAUCCAUGCUGUUCCUA